CUUCUGCCAGCGGUAGCGCGCGUGCGCCCCAAGCUGCUGCUUGGAGUUUGUUCCGCUGGCCGUUGAGUGCGGGCGGUCUCCGUCGCCGCGAUGCACGACGCGUACGAGCCGGUGCCGAUUUUGGAGAAGCUGCCUUUGCAAAUCGAUUGCAUAGCGGCCUGGGAGGAUAGGCUUCUUGUCGGCACUAAGCCAGGACAUCUCCUCCUCUACAGGAUCAAGAAGGAAUUAGGUACCAACAGAUUUGAAGUGUUACUAGAAAAGUCUAACAAGAACUUUUCAAAGAAAAUUCAACAGUUAUAUGUUGUAUCCCAAUUUAAAAUACUGAUCUCUCUCCUGGAAAAUAAUAUUUAUGUUCAUGACUUACUCACAUUCCAACAAAUUACUAUGGUUACCAAGGCCAAAAGUGCCAGUCUGUUUUCGUGUGAUUUAAAGCGAUCUGACAGUGAUGAGCUGAUUCUGAAUAUGUGUGUAGCUGUGAAGAAGAAACUUCAGCUCUACUACUGGCGGGACCGAGAGUUUCAUGAAACGCAGGCAGAUUUCAGCGUUCCUGAUGUUCCUAAGUCCAUGGCUUGGUGUGAGAAUUCCAUCUGUGUGGGCUUUAAAAGGGAUUAUUAUCUAAUCCGGUUGGAUGGAAAAGGCUCAAUAAAGGAGCUUUUCCCAACUGGGAAGCAACUAGAGCCUCUUGUGACUCCCUUGGAUGACCAAAAGGUCGCAGUUGGGCAAGAUGAUUUAACGGUGGUGCUGAAUAAGGAUGGAGUCUGCACUCAGAAAUGUGCCCUGAACUGGACAGAUAUUCCUCUUGCCAUGGAACAUCAGUCGCCUUAUAUCAUAGCAGUGCUACCACGAUAUGUGGAGAUCCGUACCUUUGAGCCACGCCUGCUGGUACAGAGUGUGGAGCUGCAGAGGCCACGUUUUAUCACAUCAGGAGGGCCUAACAUUGUUUAUGUGGCUAGCAAUCACUUUGUAUGGCGACUGGUACCGGUUUCAAUUGCAACUCAGAUCCGACAGCUUCUUCAGGACAAGCAAUUUGAAUUGGCCUUGCAGCUUGCUAAAAUGAAAGAUGACUCCGACAGUGAUAAGUGGCAGCAGAUUCACCAUAUUCAGAAUCUGUUUGCAUUUAAUCUGUUUUGCCAAAAACGCUUUGAUGACUCCAUGCAGGUCUUUGCUAAGCUUGGCACAGAUCCCACUCAUGUAAUUGGGCUGUAUCCAGACCUGUUGCCAGCUGACUACAGGAAACAACUUCAGUAUCCAAAUCCUCUUCCCACACUAUCCACCGCAGAACUGGAGAAAGCACACUUAGCACUUAUAGACUACUUGACACAGAAACGAACCCAUCUGGUAAAGCAAUUGCAUGAUUCAGAACCUUCUACCACGUCACCCCUGGUGGAAGGAACACCAAUCAUCAAGUCCAAGAAAAAAUUGCUCCAGAUCAUUGAUACAACAUUACUGAAGUGUUAUCUUCAUACGAAUGUGGCACUUGUGGCCCCUCUGUUACGGUUGGAGAACAAUCACUGUCACAUUGAGGAGAGUGAACAUGUACUGAAGAAAGCGCACAAAUACAGCGAGCUGAUCAUUCUGUAUGAAAAGAAGGGUCUGCAUGAGAAAGCCCUGCAGGUUCUCCUAGAUCAGGCAAAGAAAGCCAAUUCACCACUAAAAGGCCAUGAGCGAACUGUGCAGUACCUCCAACGACUGGGGAAAGAGAACUUGAAUAUUAUUUUUGAGUUUUCUGUUUGGGUCCUAAAAGGAUGUCCGGAAGAUGGGUUAAAGAUAUUUACUGAGGAUCUGCCUGAGGUGGAAAACUUACCAAGAAUCAAAGUGUUGGACUUUCUAAAGGAUAGCUGUAAGGAACUUGCUAUUCCAUACCUGGAGCAUAUUAUCUAUAUCUGGGAUGAAACUGCACCAGUCUUCCACAACUGCCUGAUCCAGCUAUAUCGUGAGAAGGUGCAAGCCCUCAUGAAGGAAUACCUCAAUUCUCUGCCUGAGGAUGAGAUCCCUGUUCCUGCUGGAAAUGAAGAAGGGGAGUUGGGAGAGUACAGGAACAAGCUGUUGUGUUUCUUAGAAAUUUCCACGCAUUAUCAACCCAGCAAGCUCAUCAGUGACUUUCCGUUUGAUGGGUUACUGGAGGAGCGAGCAUUACUGAUGGGUCGGAUGGGUCUACAUGAACAAGCCCUUUUUAUUUAUGUUCACAUACUGAAGAAUAUUAAAAUGGCAGAAGAGUACUGUCACAAACAUUAUGACUUGAACAAGGAAGCUGACAAAGAUGUAUAUCUUUCUCUACUACGUAUGUACCUGUCGCCACCUGACAUUCAUUGGGUGGGACCAAUCCGGAUGGAAAUAGCAGAGCCACAGGCAAAUCUUCAGGCUGCACUACAAGUACUAGAACUGCACCACAGCAAACUUGACACCACAAAGACUUUGAACCUGCUACCUGCCAACACGCAAAUCCGGGAGAUCCGAGUAUUUCUGGAGAAUGUUCUUGAAGGAAAUGCUCAGAAACGACGCUGCAAUCAAGUUAUGAAAGGUCUCCUACAUGCAGAGUUCCUUCGUAUCCAGGAGCAGAGAAUUUAUCAUCAAGAGGUGAAGUGCAUCAUAACGGAGGAAAAAAUCUGUCGAGUCUGCAAGAAGAAAAUUGGAAACAGUGCUUUCGCUCGUUACCCGAAUGGAGUUGUGGUCCACUAUUUCUGCUGCAAAGACCGCAAGGUUUGUCCCACAGAGACAUAAAUGUGACCAGUCAAAAUCAGGAUGCAAGAUUUUUUUUGUAUUCUCAAAAUGGACAGUUGAACAAGAUGGACUUUCAGAUAGGUGGCCUGACUCUCUGUUGGAGUAUGAGUGGGCAGAUGGUAUGCACUGUGUAAUAUAUUGUUAGUUUCAAUAAUAUUGUGUACAGAUUUGGUUACUAGCAUGUUUGCUUUGUGCUUACAUUUGGGAAUUGGUGAGAAACUGGAAGCUAAUUCCUGUGUACAGUUGUAUAUUUGAUCUUUGCCAUUUCUGGAAAGACAGUUGCACUACAUCCCGAGAGUCUGAAAGAGCACUGCCUCAGUGCUUCCAAUUUUUUUUUAAAAGACUCUGUUUUUGGACUUCUCUAGAGAUGAAAUUCCUUAUGAAGAGGUAUGGCAUUUUGAGGGUUUAUCUUCUUACCUAGGCCUCCUGUUCACAGCAUUGUUCAGAUUGUAGUUUCAGCUUUUAUUUGCACCUUGCAUUUAUUGAGUGUUGUGUGCCUUGUUCUAACAUGCAAAAAAUACUAAGCUCUCAAAGUAAUGCAUUUUGUAUAUAAGUAACAUUCAUGACUGCUACAGACUCCAUUCCACACUAUAUGCUUUGGCUUCUGACAGCAUUGAAGCCAUGCAGCACAUUUGAUGAUUUCUCUAAUUUGGAAUCUUGAAUCCGUUUAUGUUAACAAGAUUGGGUAUAUCUUGUCAUUUGUCUUCACAUGUGCUUAGACAUCAAAUUUGAAUUGAAAGGAUAAUUUUAUUGUGCAAAAUGCCAUUUUAUAUUUCUUUCACUUCUAAAUAUCACUUACUAAAGCAACUUGUAAUAGAAGUACAGAAACAAUCCCCAUCUAUUCUUUGGCUGGGGAACAACUUUGUGGUUGCUCUUGAUUGGAUUCCCUUCACAAUUUGCCUACCUAAAUUGGAAGAAGGAACAAAACCCGGGGAUUUUUAACUGCUGAUCGCUGGUAUUUAAAGUGGAAGUUCCAAAUGUGUGUACUUCAGGUAAGAAUAGGACUAAGCUCAGUAAGGUUGCAUAAAUACCAAUCAAUUAUUUGCUUUCAACAACAUUUUAAAGAGCAGCACGAGGAAGACAAAACUUGAAGACUAGAAAAUGGGGAUUGAAGAAGCAAUUUGUUGAUUAUUCAAAGGAUCAUAAUAGUAAGUCUCAAGGGUACAAAACAUCCACAGGAUUUUGCAUGUCAGUCUUUCAUUGCACAGAUCUGCAUUGUUAUAUUGAUGCUAAGUUUGGGAUUAAUUACUAAUGACCUUACUGGGUCAUUGCAUUUCAACUUGGAGCCCCCCAGUUUAAUAGUUCUCUGUUCGAAAAUGGGACAAGCUUUCUUGCAUGACAAACCUCCAUAAGGUUAUCAGCUGGACAAGCAGGUUAAGGAAGAGGGAGGCGUGUCAAAAUAAUGAAUUCUGUCUUCUGGAGAGCAAACAAGAAUCAAGACUGACCAUAAAUCUGCAUCAUUUUCUGAAAGUUGGAGUGUAAACCUAUUUAAAUUGGGAUAAUAUCUCAAAGAAUGGAAGUAAUUUGGAGGGCAAAAGUUAAGGAAUUAAUCAUGGAUAAAAUUUUUAAAUUGGCUGUUGAAUGGUGCAACAGAUGCCAUCAUAUUAACAAUACAGUAAGUCCUCAUUUAAAGUUGAGUGGGGUUCCAAAAAUUGACUUUCACUAAAACAUUGUUGUAGUUGGGUUCUGUCAGACCUAUUUUAUCAGAAAAAACAUUAAAUCAUUAUACCAAGUUUAAAUAUUUUACAUCACUUAAUUUCUACGUUGGUGAAUGAAACAACGUAUAAAAAGACAAACAAUAAAAGUAUAACCUGCUACUUCUAUUACCUUCCUUUUCAUCAGCAAUCCCGCUUCCUAAGCCUUCUGCUCCCAUUCCCCCUGGUUGACCCAGACCCUUUCUGCUUAUUGAUAGUCUGAAUCGUGGCCUCUGACCUCCCCUCUCACCACUUCCACUUCUACUUGUGGCUUACGUUCCCAAUCACAAUCCAAAAGCUGGAGCUGCAGUGUUGUGGAAGUGAGAGUCCUGAUUGUUCAGAUGUGCUGAGGCUUUUUGCAAUUUUUUUUAUGCUCCCACUUGUCCCUUCCCUCUCCUUAACCCUCACCAUGACCAAGGGCUUGGGAGAAGGCAGGAGAAGCUUUGAAAAUCAUUUGAAGAACACGGAUUACAAAAGAUCCAGCACCUCUCAGCCAUAGGUACUUGCAUUCCCACAAAAUCAGAGCCUUAGCUUUGGAUCAAAUCUGGAUCUUGAAUGGGCAUGCAGAGGUGUAAGUAGAGCAUGGGUGAGCUGAGGAGGGAGAAGGAGAUUGUAACUAGUACGCCAAACACUGGGGAGAGGCCACAGCCUGAAGGUUCAGGAUGGAGAAAGGGCACAACUCAAAGGUCAGGAAACGGAUGCAGUAUCAAUAGUUUCAGAAAGAAAUCAACAUUAAAACAAAUCUUGCAAUGCUGAACAGGAUAAUGGGCUCUAUUAACUUUCUGACAUUAAAGUGAAACUAUAUUGAACAGGGUAACUUCGAAUAGAGGUCUUUCUGUAUUACAUUAUGUACCAUGCAGAGGAAAAAAAAGCAAGAUGAUUGAAUAAUGAUGAUUGGGCACCAACCAACUUUUAAUUUAACAGUGAUACGGAGAAUGUGGCAGCUUCAUGUUGCUUUCUAUAUUUAUUGAAUUUGGAUAUUUGUGAUCAUGUUUGAAUGAGAUUAAUUUUUCUAUGCUGCAUAUUUUGUACUUAAGGUAGUCCUGUAUAUGCUUGUGAAUGAGAAGUUUUUAUUAACAAUCCAGAAGGAAAUGUCAAUGGCCCAGUAGAAUUUAGCCUGACUGGGUCUUGACUUCCAUUUCUUGCUGUCUAUAGGAUUUUGAAUUGAGUUGGGAUGACCUCCAUUCAGUUAUACAUGUUUGCAUAUUCGCCACAAAAAACUGCUCAUUAUUUGCAAUAAAUUGAUAUUUGUUUGUUUAUUUGGAAAGGUCCUAUAGAACAUUAUUACUAAACAAAAUAAAGUGUGAUUUCUGGAUAGAGGCAAUGCAUUUGUUUUCCCAGGACUGUUUAUAUGUCAUUGUGACCAUUACCAUCCCUAAGUCUAUGUCUAUGUUUUUGCAGCAAUAGAAGAUGUUGGCUAACAUUAUUGCCUAAUCUGCUGAAUUUCCGGCUGAUUAAAAUUUGGUGUUCCUUUUUACCCUAAAUCUGUCUGAACACAGAAAAUGUUUAAAACCUUCCUGUUCCAGAGAGAAGCCUAAAGUCGGUCAGUCAAGGUCACAGAUUUCUUUUAAGGUUAUAUUUAGUACCAUGUUGACAUUUUUUCUGUGCCUUCCCUCCGAAGUAAAAGAAGAAUAUUGAAAUCCUAGGCACUGCAUUGGUAGAAAUUUUUUGUGUUCGAAUGUCAGGAUUUGAUUGUUGUAUUUGCCAAAUCUUCAAAUUGCACAAUAGAAUUGUGCUUGACCUGGAGCUAAGUCUGUGUUCGGUAAAGUAAUCACAACUAAUAGAAUUUUGGGACAGGAUAAAACUAAACCACAGUCUAGAUACAGGGGUAUCUGUUAUUACAAUGGGCAAAUAUGCAACCAGUAAUCAUAAUUUAGGUUCACAUAUGAAUUAUGCUUCCAUAUCUAAGUACUGGAGAACAGUUGGCACCCGUGAACCCGCACUUCUACAUUAGUGCCUUCAGGAGACGAUGGCAAGGUAGUACAAGUACUUAGAAACAGCAACUUACAGUUUUUAGUUUUUCUACAGUUAAAAUUGUGAGUAUUGCUAAAAUUGUUUCUCUCCCAGUUCCGUCACUGAACAGUAGUUGUCAACCUUUUCUCACAACAGGUCUCAAAAAUAAAUUGCUCGUAGUGUUCAGGGAUGUGUAGAUUAGGUGCGUUAUAGGGGGAUGGGUCUGGGUGGGAUGCUCUGAGGUUCGGUGUGGACUUGUUGGGCUGAAGGGCCUGUUUCCACACUGUAUGGAUUCUAUGAUUCUAUGAAGCUGAAGGGUCAACUUCAAAGUGCAUCAAUGCAGUGACUGUCAACAGAUACAGUGACUUGAACUUGUCACUUUCUGAGUCGAAAUAUGAAAGUGUGAGAUAUGGGAGUAUGAAACACUUACUGAAAUAAAAAUACAAUAUAAUGGAGACAUAACUGACAUAGUUUUUUUUUUAAAUGGUCUGAAGUGCCUAAAUGUGGAGGGGAGAAAAACUGCCAUCAUAUUUCUAGUUAGUCCUAACUGCUGUUACACCCCUUAGAUCUUCUCAUUGCAAGCAUUGAUAUGGAGACGUUGGAGAACAAAACUGGAAGGGAAAAUACUGUAAAUAUUAACAACAAAUGCUUCUCAGUUAUUUUUGGAAAAAUAAACACUCCUCUCCUCACUCCAGAAUCUACGUUCUACGUUUUGACAGUGCUGUGUCACAUCUAACUUCUAACGAAUGAAAAACUUAUGCACUUUUUAGUCUUUUUCGAAAUUAAAGAUUUGCUCAACAGCGAUUCUGAUGACUUCUGUAUUUUGUGUUCAUCUCAAAUGCUAAUGUAUUAUUUUAAGCAAUAUUUGUACAUUUGUAUAAAUGUAAAUCAUUUUUAUGUUCUACUUUCCUCAACUUGUCCUGCUUUGCUGAAAAGAAAUAGAACAUGAAACAGCAAAGAAUGUUUAUGACUCUGAAUUUUGUUUGCUUAUAGAAAUGCAGUUUGGGAAAUCCGUGGAAUGUGCAUUUAAUGGAAUUCUUGAUAAAAGUAUUUGGGGUCCUAAUGUAAACGGAGUUUGUUUCUCUCUUCUGAAACAGAAAUUAGAAUGCAGUAACAGCUACGUUAUCCCUGGCUUUAGAAAUGAAAAGCCAUCCUGAUUACUAACUGUUAAAGCUCAAGUGAAAGUGCCCAUGUGUUCAGAUGUCAGCUGAGGUAGUGGUGAGGCUUAGCUAUAAUCCCUUCUGAAGUCACAUAAAGUCUAAGUACUGAUUGAUUUUCUGUGGCCAUGAGUGAAGUAUGAGAAGGCAGUACAUUGUUUGCCCCAUUAAUACCUUAAAAAGAG